UACGCUGUUCCUUAUCUCCAUUACACCUUCCAGCAAUAUCCCCACUUCACCCAUUUCUCUCUUUUCUUCCAUCUUUUUUAAUCCAAAGAGCUAAUUUACAAGAAAAUCAAAACCUUUACCCAAUUCACUGCCUUGAACAAAUUCUAGCCUUGGUUUCUCCUUUCCAUGCUCUCCAGAAAAAGAAUAAUGAAGAGAGAUCACGAGGAAAUCUAUGGAGCCACUGGCUAUGGCAGUGGGAGUGGCGCAAAGGCUGAGAGUUCAAGCAUUGGUAAUCCUGACAAAGGGAAAUUAUGGGAGGAAGAGCAAGAUGCCGGCGGGAUGGACGAGCUGUUGGCCGUUUUGGGUUACAAAGUUCGGUCUUCGGAAAUGGCCGAUGUGGCUCAAAAAUUGGAACAGUUGGAGAUGGUUUUGGGAACUGCUCAAGAAGAUGGGAUUUCACAUCUUUCUUGUGACAGUAUUCAUUACAAUCCUUCCGAUCUUUCUGGUUGGGUUCAAAGCAUGUUGACUGAGUUAAACAAUCCAGCAACAUCAAACCUUGAUCCUGUUUUGGCAAAUUCGGAUUCCAAUUCUUCCAUCCUUGGUCAGAUUAAUCACUCAGAGCCUUCAAAAGCACAGUAUCAGCAACAAAUUGUUGUCAGCAACCAAUCCCAGGUUUAUAGUGAUGACUCCGAGUACGAUCUCAGGGCAAUUCCAGGGGUUGCUGCUUACCCACCACCAAAAUCUAAAUCAGAUUUGGAAAGUACCCGGAAACGAAUGAAGACUUCAAUUGGUUCAUCCGGAUCUACUGGAUAUGGCUCAUCUUCUUCAUCACCACAAGAGAUUGAAGUUUCAGGUGCUGUAACUGAGUCAACUCGCCCCGUUGUUUUGAUUGACUCGCAAGAAACUGGGGUUCGACUGGUUCACGCCUUGAUGGCUUGUGCUGAAGCUGUCCAACAAGAUAAUCUCAAGCUGGCUGAUGUUUUAGUCAAGCAUAUGGGAUUACUCGCCGCGUCUCAAUCCGGUGCCAUGAGAAAAGUUGCCACCUAUUUUGCUGAAGCCUUGGCUCGUCGAAUCUAUAGGAUUUACCCACAAGACUCUCUUGACCCAUCUUACACUGAUAUUCUGCAGAUGCACUUCUACGAAACUUGCCCCUACUUGAAAUUUGCUCAUUUUACAGCCAAUCAAGCUAUCCUGGAAGCUUUCGCCACGGCAAACAGAGUUCAUGUUAUUGAUUUUGGGUUAAAACAGGGGAUGCAAUGGCCGGCUUUAAUGCAAGCUCUUGCAUUAAGGCCAGGCGGGCCACCGGCUUUCCGAUUAACUGGAAUUGGCCCGCCUCAACCGGAUAAUACAGAUGCUUUGCAGCAAGUGGGCUGGAAAUUAGCUCAGUUAGCUGAAAUUAUUGGCGUCGAAUUUGAGUUCAGGGGAUUCGUAGCCAAUAGUUUGGCGGAUCUUGAGCCUGAAAUGCUCGAGAUCCAACCUCCCGAGGUCGAGGCAGUAGCGGUGAAUUCAGUUUUUGAACUUCACCGCCUGCUGGCUCGACCUGGCGGGAUCGAAAAAGUUCUUUCUUCGAUCAAAGCCAUGAAGCCCAAAAUUCUUACGGUUGUAGAACAAGAAGCUAACCACAACGGUCAGGUUUUCUUAGACCGGUUUACUGAAGCUCUACAUUACUAUUCCAGUCUUUUUGACUCUUUAGAAGGCUCAGGAGCGGCGCCGCCUAGUCAAGACCUUGUUAUGUCCGAGUUGUAUUUGGGAAGGCAAAUUUGUAACGUGGUUGCUUGUGAAGGAAUGGACCGAGUUGAACGACACGAGACGCUGAUUCAGUGGAGGAAUCGGAUGGAAACCGCUGGUUUCAGCCCGGUCCACUUGGGUUCAAAUGCUUAUAAGCAAGCUAGCAUGUUGUUGGCUCUCUUCGCUGGCGGUGAUGGGUAUAGGGUGGAGGAGACUGAUGGGUGUUUAAUGCUUGGGUGGCAUACGAGGCCGCUUAUCACCACCUCAGCUUGGCAACUCUCCAACACUGAGUUGACUAGAGAACUGAGUUGAAGAAUCGUAGUCAAAGAAUAAUGGGGGAUAUAUUUUAACUGAGUUGGAGAGUUUACGAGUGAAUGAGCCAAUAGAAGGGUAAAUUAAAACCAAUCCAAGUGUACUGUGUAAUUGUCGCUCUUUUUCACUUUGCAGUUAAAUUUUUCAGUAGUUUUUCAGGGUAGUUUUUUUUUUUUUUUUUUUUAUGGGAGCGUUUGUAAUCGUCAAGGUUGGAUCAAAUUGGAAGGCUCUUUUUAUUUUAUUUUUUUUAUAAAUAAAUUGGGAUAGCAUGAUUCUCGACAUGAAAGAGUUCAUGUUUGUGUGGUUUUUUGUGAAAUUGCUGACCUGCAAAACUUUGGACUUGUUUGAUACCUGGCU